AUGCACGUUUUGGGAAUCAGCGCUGGAACGCUGAAUGGCAAUUCGGAAGUUCUGCUCAAAGCUGCGCUGCAAGCGGCAGAGCAAGCACUCCCGGGGCUGACGACAUCCAUGGCCCGUAUAAGGUACAUGCGGUCGCCGAGAAACGGCAAGCCGUUGCCGCAAUCAAUUGUGCCGCACAUCACCACGUAUAGACCAGAUGCCCCAGGGACCGACGACGUCGAUGACCGGCCGGCACUGUACGAUGCCAUAAUGAAGGCCGACGCCAUCAUCGUUUCGACCCCCGUGUACUCGCAUCUUCCCCCGGGCCACAUCAAGUGCUUCAUCGACGACACGCUAGGCCCGGGAGCCGACAUUGCGCUGGCGCUGGCCACGGAUGAGGAAGGGCAGGGACUGGGUCGAAAGCCCAGGUCGAGCAUUGAUCCGCGUCUGUACAAGGCCCGCGUCUCUGCUUUCAUGGUUGUCGCCGGGAGUCCGGAGGACAUGCCCGAACAGUGGACGCUCGGCCUCGUAGGGCUGCACCAAAGCAUGUACAGCAUACAGGCAACGACGGUCGACCAAGCCUGCUUUGCUGGCUAUGGACCUCCAGGAUCCGUGUGUUCGGACGAGAAGAACACCAUCGCGCGGGCACAGCUGCUGGGUCAGAGGGUUGUUAGCCAACUCGGCCAGGCCGUGGGCGCUGCGCAGUUUCUUGGCGAAAGCCAGGAAGGAAGCUGCCCCUACUGCCAUCUUUUGACCAUUAGUUUCCUCGGUGGUGGCGACAACAUCAUGUGCACCACGUGUGGCGCACGGGGCCGUCUCUUGGUACUCCCUGGCGGCUCAUUCAAGCCCGAGUGGGAGAAAGACUCGGGUGUGAGCCACCUGACGCUGAAGGGGAAGAGGAAACAUGUCGACGACCUGAUUGUCAAUUCUCAGAAGGGCAUGCCUGAUCAUGACGCCCAACGGAAAUACACAUACUGGAAGGAAUUGGACGUUACACUCGUUGGAGAUGCACGACACCAAAAGUCGACGCUGUAG